CAGACAUAGAAGUAUGCUUGUACAACCAAGAUCAUUUGUACUGUCCUUUGUGUCCUUGAUACUUAACCAUAUUCCACCAUCAUUAUGGUUGCUUAUUGAUUUCAUCUUCGACAUUAGUACAUUCUGGGUACGAGUGAGUGUAAUCUACGGGAAUCCAUGCGGUGAACUCCUUACAUCUACUAACCCAUGUGUCAGAAACUCGUACAUCUAUGGCACAGGAAGUCCCCCGUGAGCAUUGCAAAGACGAAAUUACUUGUUGCCGAGGACUACGAGCAGUGGCAAGCUGGUGCGUACUACCUGGAUAGGCUGAAUGGCUCAGACUUGUGGAGACACAACUUCACUUCGAAGAAAUACGAUUACAGGCUCAUCUCGGAAAGACUCAAGGCUCUGAAGCAGGCACGGCAGAGUGGUGACCUUGAUGCCCUGCUCAAGCUGUUCAGAAUGGGGUCCUUCCUGAGAAACUUUGGAGGAAUAUCCAAUAGAGAGCUGUUCAACAGGUCGUAUGCCGGGACGAAGAUACUGAUCGAAGACUAUAUCUCGGAAGUGUUGCACUGUCUGGAGUAUUUGGACGAUGUUCCCUUCAGUGAUUAUGAGCUCACGUCGAAUCAAUUGAAGCUGGACUUCUUCCAUGAUGCGAGACAAGCCUUCGGAAGCACAGCUUUGGUGCUACAGGGUGGCUCACUGUUCGGAUUGUGCCAUUUGGGUGUUGUCAGGGCAUUGUAUUUCAAAGGGCUUUUACCCAGAAUCAUUUCUGGAAGCGCAGUUGGUGCUGUAGUUGCCUCACUUGUCUGUACAUUGACAAACCAGGAACUUGCGGAGACAUUGACAAACAUAUCAGACUCCAUAUCCCAAAUCGACCGUCUGAAUAAUGACGUUGAUGAGAGAUAUGGCUCCAUCAUUGAAAACGUGAUAACGAAGGGAUACUCCCAAGAUAUAUUGGUGUUCAUGAAAUAUGUCAAGGACCACCUUGGUGAUAUCACCUUUGAAGAGGCGUACAUGAAAACAGAUAAAAUUCUCAACAUCAUAGUCCAUCCCACUGAUAAGGCUGUUCCCAGCUUACUUAACUACGUGACAACUCCAAAUGUUCUCAUAUGGUCGGCUUUAUAUGCGUCGAUUGGAACAGGCGUGUUGUCUGACCAUGUUGAUCUACACGUUAAAAACCUCGAUAAUGAUAUUGUACCUGCAACUUUUACAAAUGGCAAGCCAUGUGAGUUCUUAACACCUCAGAAAGGAAGUGAAAGCUACAGUGCUGAGAGUCCCUACACAAGAGUUACUGAGCUGUUCAAUGUGAAUAACUUUAUCGUUUCUUUAGCAAGACCAUACCUUGCUCCGUUAAUUGUCAAUGAUAUAAAACAUCAAAAUGGAUGGAAGCCCAUCAGAAUGAUGCAAAGGCUAUUUGGCCUCGAAUUACAGCAUCGCUUUGAACUUCUUGAUAGAACAGGAUUACUGUUCAGCUUCAUAAAGAGACUGGCAGUAGAUGAAAAGAUGCCACAGAAUUCUAGUGAAGUUACAAUAGUUCCAGAGCUGAGAACCCUUGUAAGAGACUUUGGUAGGGUGUUUGAUGUUCACAGAACAAUGGAAAACAUUCCAUAUUGGAUCCUGGUUGGAGAGAAGAGCGUAUGGCCAGUGCUUCCGAUCCUGUGGACCAGGUGUGCAGUGGAGUUUACUUUGGACAAUAUACACGAGAACAGAAGGAGACGCAAGUUCACAUAGUAUCGUAUCUAUCCAAAAGUAUGUGUGAGGAAAUAAGUCUCCAGUUCAUCACUGGUGAAAUCUGUCAUUGCGAAGUUAGUCUCGUAUAAGGGGUUGUCUGCAGCUGUAGGUGAUCUCGUAGUUGUUGCAAUUGGACUUCUAACAGUUGCAGCUGUAGAGCCCAAUUUCUCAUUUUGGCUCAUAGUUACCGAUGUAUGAAUGCUAUUUGGCUCUGCUUGCGGCCUCUUUUCAGCCAGCUCUCUGACUGUUUCCAUUAACCAUCUUGAACUUUCACCUGAGGUAUCCGGCAUGAUCUUCAGACCUGUUGAUGAAAUCUUGUUAUCCGUCUCACUGAAGGGUAAUAACGUUUGAUAAAUACGCUCUAAAUCACACUCUGU